CAAGCCAGGAGUCAUAGCAGCCAAACCCAAGCUCUGCUACUUCUGUGGCCGGUGCAGAAUGGAGUCGAUCCACUGGUUGCUGGCUGCAGCUGGCGUGGAGUUUGAAGAAGAAUUUCUUGAAACAAGAGAGCAAUAUGAGAAGUUGCAGAAGGAUGGACAUCUGCUUUUCGGCCAAGUACCUCUGGUUGAAAUUGAUGGAAUGGUGCUGACGCAGACGAGGGCCAUUCUCAGCUACCUCGCUGCCAAGUACAACUUGCGCGGGAAGGACCUGAAGGAGGCAGUCAGGAUCGACAUGUACGCAGACGGCACCUUGGACCUCAUGAUGAUGAUCGCGCAGGCUGUGUUCAAACCCCCCGAGGAAAAAGAGGAGGACCUUGCUUUAGUCGUCCAGAAAGCGAAAACUCGGUACUUCCCCGUCUUUGAAAAGAUUCUGAAAGACCAUGGAGAGGAUUUUCUAGUUGGCAACACAUUCAGCUGGGCAGACAUACAGCUGUUGGAAGCUAUUUUAAUGGUGGAAGAACUCAAUGCUUCUGUUCUUUCUGACUUCCCUCUGCUAAAGGCAUUUAAAACAAGAAUCAGCAACAUGCCUACAAUUAAGAAGUUCCUGCAGCCUGGGAGACAGAGGCAGCCGCCCCCAGAUGGCCGUUACGUUGAAGUCGUCAGGAACGUCUUGCAGUUGUAA